AUGGUGGCUCAGAUGAUGAGUUCAUCGCUGGGAGCCAUGGGGCCCCUUCUUUCGAACCUGCAGACUCUGAUGGUCUCUCCCGAGCAUCAGCUGCCAAAUCCACUGAUGGAAGAGAUCGAGCUUUUGAAGCAAGAUUUGGAAACAAUCAACACCUGCCUCAUCAAUCUUUCCAGGUCAGAAUCUCCCAACAGGAUGGCUAUGCACUGGAUGAAUGAGGUGCGCGACCUUUCCUAUGACAUGCAGGAUUAUAUUGACAGCAUGAUGCACCCCAACAAGAUGUCUGAUUACCAGAUGAAUCAGAACAUCUUAUCUGUAGUCAAGAAAUUCAGGAGUCUUGUGAAGCAGGCCAGUGAACGCCAUGAGAGUUACGAGCUAUGGCGUUGGGCAUCAAAUCCUAGCUACAGUAUGGCCAGCAAUGGCCAAGACCCCGUUUUAACACCUAACGGGAAGGCCAAACAACUUGUUGGUAUAGGUGAAUCAACGGAUAAACUUAUCAAGUUGUUAAAUACAGACAGCAACGAUGCUGGUGCUCAGGGACAUCUGAAAGUAGUAUCCAUUCUUGGACCUGCUGGUGUUGGUAAGAGCACGCUUGCGAAAGAAGUAUACCGAGAAAUUGGAGCACGGUUCGAAUGUCUAGCCUUUGUGCGGGUGUCAAGGAUGCCUGAUACAAGGAGGCUACUCCGGAGCAUCAUCUCUCAAGUCCAGUGCCAUCAGCGUCCUCUGUAUGGUCGCAGCGUGCAAGACCUCAUUGACAACCUCAGAGAACAUCUUCAACAGAAGAGGUAUUUCAUUGUAAUUGAUGAUUUAUGGGAAAGAACAUCUUGGAAUAUUGUGAAGAGUGCUUUUCCAGAGGAUACUAAUUGUAGUAGAAUAUUAAUAACGACUGGUAUUGAGAAAGUUGCUCUGGAGUGCUGCAAGUCCAUAAGAGUUUUAUCAAGUCAGGCAACCGAAUCUGAGAUAUAUUCCAACAACCAUGUGAGAGCCCAAGUAGGUAUUUAUAAGGUGGAGCCACUGAGCACAGAAGACUCCACAGAGUUGUUCUUCAAUGAAGUGUUUGGCUCGAACCAUGAACACUCUAACAGCUCCAAGGAAUAUUCAGAUGAGAUUAUAAAAAUGUGUGGUGGCCUGCCACUAUCAAUCAUUAUGGUAGCUAAUAUUUUUGCAAGUCAACCAGAUAAUGCAGAGCUAUGGCAUCAUGUGAAGAAAUAUUUAAAAACCAGCUUGGAAAAUAAUUUUUCUACAGAAAACAUGAUGAGAGAAAUAGUAAUCCUGAGCUAUAAUAAUCUUUCACAUCAUCUGAAGACAUGCCUACUACAUCUUAACAUGUAUCCUGAGGGUUGUACAUUCAUGAAGGCCGAUUUGGUGAAGCAAUGGUGGGCCGAAGGUUUUGUCAGUGCAAUAGCAGGCAAAGAUAUCAAUGAAGUUGCAGAGUGUUAUUUUGAUGAGCUUGUCGGCAGAGGACUUAUACAGCCUAACCAUGUCAGUUUCUCAGAUGAAGUGAUCUUCUAUACGGUGCACUCUACUGUUUUUGAAAUUAUUAGGAACAAGUCCAUAGAGGAGAAUUUCAUCACUGGAGUAGACUACUCUGAAACCAUUACAAAACUUUCUGCAAAGGUUCGUCGACUAUAUCUCAGCUUCAGUAAUGCCAAAUAUGCAACCAAACCAAAAGACAUCACACUGUCAACAGUUAGAUCACUCACAUUUUAUGGACCUGUUCAGUGUCUGCCUUCUAUUAGUGAAUUCAAGUUACUUCGAGUUCUGAUCCUUGAAUUUUUGGUUGAUACAAAAGACAUAGAUCUUAGUGGAAUCUACAGAUUAUUUCAGCUGAGAUAUGUCCGGAUUACAACUGAUGAUGAUAACAUUGUAUAUCUGCCGCCGUCGAUGAAAGGAUUAAAAUAUUUAGAGACACUGGAAGUAUAUGCACGUGUAAAGUCGAUUCCAUCGGAUAUUGUUCAUCUCCCAAAAUUGUUGCACCUGCGUCUUCAAGGUGAGAUAAAACCUCCUGCAUCUGUUGUCCAUAUGAAAUCUGUACGCACACUUCAGUCUUUUGACCUCAGCAGUAAUUCUGAAGAUAAUAUACGGCAGUUGGGUGAGAUGAUGGACCUGCAAGAUCUUCAUCUCACAUGUUCGACAGAAACAUCUGACCUUCUAGAGAAAAACCUGAUAGCUCUGGCUUCAUCCCUUGGGAAACAUGGCCAACUAAAAUCUCUGGUUCUGGAACCUGGUGCUUUGCGCACAAGCAUUUGCUUGGAUUGCUCAAGCCGUGUGUCUUCUCCACCCGUUUCCCUUCAGAGACUUGAAUUGUUGCCACCCCUUUGCAUCUUUUCAAGACUUCCUGAAUGGAUUGGACAACUUCGAAAGCUAUGCAUUCUGAGAAUUGUUGUUAUGGAAUUGACAAGGGAUGAUGUAAACAGAAUCUCUGGACUGCAAGAACUCACUGUUCUCUCGUUGUAUGUCAUUCAACCAAUUGCAGAGAGCAUUAUCUUCAGCCGUGCAGAAUUUCCAGUUCUGAAGCAUUUCAAGUUAAGAUGUGGCAUUCUGCGCCUUGAAUUUCAGGCAGAAACGAUGCCAAAGCUUCGGAGCCUCAAUCUUGCAUUCAAUGCCCACAGUGGAGAGCAGUACGGGGAUAUGAUUGCUGGCAUUGAGAACUUAUUAGACCUCCAAGGGAUCAUUGUACAAAUUGGGACACCCCCAGGUGCAGAGGAAUCAGACAGGAUGGCUGCAGAAUCUGUAUUUAAAGGUGCCAUUAGCAGGCAUUCAAAACCUCCGAGCUUCAGCAUACGAAGGGCUGAUCUAGUUGAGGAAGAGUAUGUGCCUUUCAACAACAACAACAACACAAAACCUCCGAGCAUCAACAUACGAAGGGCUGAUCCAGUUGAGGAAGAGUAUGUGCCUCCAAACAACAACAACAACAAAGCCUUUAAGUCCCAAACAGGUCGUGGUUGGCUAAAGUUGAAACCCAGCAGAAGCAAUCAGGAAGAGAUUCCCCUGUUUUCUAGUCCACCAGUAUGCUUCUCUCGUCCAGAAAUGCUGAAUAGGCUUACCACAGCUAAUGUAACCAGUGAAGUAAAUGAGAUACAUGUUGCUCACGACAAUGAACUCAGGGCUACAAGCGAUCAAGUCUCACUGACGGACCAGCCAGUGGCGACCAGCACAUUUCCUCGUCGAACACCUCCAGUGGCUUCGGAGCCAUCUAGGGGACGUGGUCAGAGCGUCAGCGGUACCACAGAACCACUGGGCGGCUACUUCGUCGCUCAUCGUCCCACUCUCUCCGGAGGAGGCUGCCGGAGACUCGCCAUGGCCGACACCUCGGGCAAUCCUGCCGAUGGCUACUACAGUGGCCGUCCCCUGGGCCUGGAGUACGAUCUGCAACAAGCGCAGGCAGUGCCGGCACCGCCGCUGGAAGCAGCACAGCCGCAGCCACGGCAGGAUGUUGGCGAUCAGGUCGCCAACCACACUCAUGUCCAUGGCGUUCCUGGAUACUAUAAAGGCCGCCUUAGCAACACGAACACUGCUGUAGCUCCUCUUUCAGCAACAGCUGCUGUUGCUCCUCCUCCUCCUGCUCCUGCUGUUGAACCUGAAAUGAAGCUGAGCUGGAUUGACAAAUGGUAA